AUGGCGACCGCUCCGGCGAGUGUGAGGGUUUCCGGGCCUCCGAAUAGCGGCUUCCUCGUGGGCUAUCCUGGAAUUUCUGCGACGCUGCCCCGCGUCGAAGGCAAAGUCGAGAUUCGCCCUGGUCAGAGCUACUCCAUGCCAGUCCCGGUUUCGCUCGUCCGAAUAUCAUUACAGCGCCGCGAAACGAUACAUCCCGAUGCCGACAAUCUCGCCAAGCGGCAUCUUGGUGCCGCCCGAAAGGAGACAACCGACGUCGUCGGCAAAGAAGUGCUGCUAUUUCGCUGCUCCUCGGGCAAGGAAGCGGAGAGUGUAGUCGCCAUGGACCUCCCGUUCGUUCUUUUUAUCCCUUUUGGUAGGGGCGGCGAAGAGACGAAUCGGCGGAUACCGCCCGCCUCGCUCCAGCUCUCCAACAGGACAGCCGAGACCUUUUACGAGAUUGUCGUCACCGUGCAGCAAGGCCACAGCAACCAGUACAAAUACACAUUCCCCAUGCCUCUACAACGAUACGACACUCUCUCGACAUUUGGCAUGUAUAACAAGCCCGAAUCAAAACUCGUCACCUCGGAUAACCUUGUGCACCUGGGCAUUAGCCUACCAAAAUGGAGCUAUGGACCAGGCGACCCCAUUACUGUUUAUAUAAAAGUGUCCCCGAAUGUGGACUGGACAGCGAAGGCCAAAAAGGUCUCCAUAGACAAGAUCACACUGGUGGUGGAGGAGGAGAUCACAUUUAACCCUGAAGGGGACGAACCUACGAGAAAGAUCAACAAACUAUCCAAGCAGGUACAGGUCGUCAAGACCAAGAUGCCCGAGGCCGGCUAUGCCACAAACAUUGGUCUUUGCUUCCCCUCCAAGGACCUGCGCGACCCCGACGGAAUCAUCAAAAGGGGAAAGCCGGCCUUUCCCCAGUACGAGCUUUCCACAUUUACUACACAAUCAACACUUUACAAGAUUGAGUUUUUCUUGAACAUCAAGGUCCAACUGAGCGGCGCACGCGAUAUUAUUCUUCGACAACCCAUUGUCAUUUGCCCUCUAGACCAGCAAGGCUGCAAGGAGGAAAUGGAUGCGAUUGAGCAGGCGGCCAAGGACGCGUCGCACGUCGAUCCCAACAACCCCAUGCUUCCAGCGCGCACAAUAAUCCUGGCAAACGACCGCGACUCGAUUCGUGCAAUUGGUCUCUGCACCGUCGGCGGCCAAAAGAAGCCAUUCAUCGAAUAA